GUCAAAAAAUAAACAAAAAUUCCCUACGUCAAAAAUUUUCAUGACCUCCUGAAAUUGCAGGAGUAAAUCAAUUUUUUAACGAAAACUUAUAUUUUUUAAUCAUCAACUAUGAGAUUUUAGGUAUUUUAAAAAUUUCAGAAGAUGUAAUAGUUAUCCAGAGUCGAAUUAUCGACCUCUCAACCAAUGAUGAUCAUGAAAGGAAUACUCAUUCCACUGCUUUGUUGAAAAUGCUGGCUCAUAUGAUUUCUGCAAGAAAAACGAUAGUUUACAAAUUAUGAAUUAUUGGCAGUCAGAACUCUUCCAUUGAUUUUGCAGCUUAGAUCAAUAAGUCAAUGCAUUGAGUUUCACCAAAUAUCUACAUUCAAUAUGGAAUCCAGCCCCGUUUGUCCCGUGUGUACGCUAUAUUUGAGACCUGGGAUCACCUUAAAAUCACAUUUGAGCACUCACCCUAAACAGAAAGUAAUUGAGGCUCUAGUGAAAUUAACUGAAGUUGAGUCACAGCCCGGAGAAAACAACACUGGUCAGGAAUUGUGCCAGUCAUCCCAAAAUCAACCUUUUAAUUCAAUAACAAAUUCACCAUGGACAGGGGGGAAUAUACCAGGCUCAUCUCAGAUUCAGACACCUUUUCAAGGCAACCACGUCUUCAUAUACCAACAAAGCAUGAGCACUUCGCAAACGAACACUAUCAACCCCCUGGCCCAACAAUACAUAAUCCCUGCCGUGUUGAACCCUCAAACCAUGCCUUACGUCUAUCAGCAGCAGCAGGUGAUAAUGUCGAGCGGUUCCUGCUUACCUCAGAUGCGUAUCGCACCCUUCGAUUUAAACGGCGCACCCGGCAUCGACCCUCUGACGACAGUUAUCGAACCUCCUCGAAUAAACGAAGAAGACGAUCUGGUUAACGUGGACGAGGCUAGGGAAAACGUAGAGGUUCAAGAAUUGGACAACAAUUCCGAGUUAUCGAUCAAAGACGAUGAGAUGGAGGAGGUAGAGGAAGAGGAGCAUCGCAUUUCCGGUAAAGAAACGGAGGUUGAAUCGAAGGUACAGGAAGACUGUUGUGAUUUAACUUUCGUGGAUUCAAAACUAGACGGUUCCUUGAGGAUGGAGGAGGAGGGGGAGGAGGAAGAGGAGGUGGUAUCGGAAAAUUGGGAGUCGACUCCCGACGAGUUGAACAAAGCCUGUCAAACUUCCUCAACCUCCGGCCAACAGGUCGAUAGCUUCGGCAAGAAGACCUACUAUUACGAUAACGAGUCGGGGAAUGCGAUGACCUACGAAACCGCCGUUCCUAUGGAACCCUCCUACGAGCAGCAAGAUCCCAUUUACACCAGCGCCAACAUAUUGCAGUCGACGGAAGAGAUAGAUUUCGAGGUCGACGGCGUUCCAGUGAUAAUAGGAGAAUUCGCCAACAGUUCUGUGAUAUCCCAGGUCGAUAAUUUCGAAAAUAUCAAUGAGGGAAACGUGCUGAUGACUAUCGGAGAAAACGGGCUGGAUAACGGUGUUAAGGAAACUUUCGGUGCGGCUCUGGAUAACGAGGAGAGCAUGUCGAGGGGGAGUACGCAGGUCAACAUACAGGCUGACGAGAGGAUGCCUCCUAGGGGGGAAUUGUCCGGGCAGGAGAGUCUCGGAGGUGCCAGCGAUAUUAAUUGGAAUAGGUUGCAUUAUAAUGAAGUUAGUUCCAGUGCCUCUUACGACCAUCUAGGCAGAGAAGGAUGGGAAGAUUCCGACGUAGAUUGUCCAGGCAAUGAAGAAGAGAACGAUGUACCAUCCGUCAUAGGCUACACUCCUCCUGCCCUCAAUUUCAAGUGUUCAAGUUGCGAAGAAGCGUUCUCGUGUCUUCAAGAACGGAAAAAGCACAUCCAAGAGAAACAUUCGAACCAAGAACAGAAACAGAAUACGAACAUCAUCGGUUCGUUAAUCGGUAAAAAGAAGGUGAAGAAGCUCACCAUAAAACCGAAGAGCGAGGAGCCAAAGUUCGAUACUGUCUUCACCAACAAGAUAAAAUUAGAAAAAACCGAAUGUAAGGCGGAAGUGGACGAUGUGAAGACUGACGAAACGGACUCGAGAACGGUGUGCGAUCUGUGCAAUUCGGUUCAGGUUGAUCAGAAGGCACUGAGGGACCACAGAAUCAAAGUGCACAAGAUCCCAGAUAAGGCACGUCUGAAAUGCUCGACAUGCGACGAGCUGUUUGCCAACGAGUACAAGUUCACCGAACACUUGAAGGUGCAUCCUCUGGAAUGCAAGAUGUGUGGAAAACUAUUUUAUAGGAGGCAGAACAUACAGUUGCAUAUGAAACGACAUCUGGGUAUUAAGCCGUACAAGUGUGAUGUAUGUGAAAAGGCAUUUUUGACCAAGCAGAAAUUAGACGAGCACAGGAAUGUACACACAGGAAAUGCUCCAAUCAAGUGUCCCAUGUGUAACGAGACUUUCCGGAGACAUUCCAAUUUGAUUCAACAUCGCUACAGACAUCACUUGAAGCAUAAAAGGAAACUCAAAGACUACGUUUGCCAUUGUGGCGAAUAUUUCCACUCGAGGAAGAAGUUGGCGUGGCAUAAGGAGACCCAUGAUACCAAGCCGAAAGCUUGCACCAAGUGCAGCGAAAAGUUCGUCCAUAUGUCAAGUCUGACUAGGCAUAUGAGGAAGGCGCAUAACGAAAGGUUCUUACCGUCAGAGGAGAGGAGUAACGAGAAUGUGGAGUGUCCAGUGUGUAAAGGUGUUUUUGUUAAGUCUUCGCUAGAAGUCCAUAUGCGAACGCAUACCGGUGCCAAACCAUACUCCUGCCUUAUUUGCAAUAAGGACUUCAGCACCAGGUGGAAUCUGAAGUUACACAAGUGGACACACGCCUCCAGGGUGUCCAAGCCGUUCAAGUGCGAUCAAUGUAACGGGGCAUUCGUUAGAGAGUCCGAUUACAUAUCGCACAUGAACUCCCACAAAAGCAUCAAACCGUACACGUGCAAUUAUUGCGGGGCCCGGUUCAUACGUAAGUAUAACUGUCAACGACACGUCAAAGAGCACGAGAACGUUAAAACCUUCAGUUGCUCGAUAUGCGGUAAAAUGUUUCAUAGGUCAUAUUACCUGAAGGAUCACAUGAGGGUACAUAGCGGGGUGAGGCCCUAUACUUGUCAUAUUUGCGGUAAGACCUCAACUACCAAGUCUAACCAUAAUAAGCACGUGCAAAUACAUCAUCCUAGGUCUCCCGUCACAACUGAAAAUUAGACCGAAUUUUUUUAUAACUUUACCUCAACUUCCUUUUUUUUAUUCGAAUUUUAAACGUUUUAUUUUAGGAUGGUUUUAUUUUUUUGGAAAUAUUCAGGUUUCAAUCGAUGACUUUAUUUUAGAUCUUAAUCGUCACAUGGGAAGAGAGUUUUCAUAUUUUGUCGACACUCGCAGAUAAUGUGAAAUUCUGUUUUUUUUUCACUCAUAAUUCAGAAGUUAUGGGUUUCCCAAGUUAGAAUAGUGCCUUUUCCCGUAUCAAAAGUCAAAAAAUUCCAAAGGUUGAUUUCAAGGAAAACUAAUAAUGAUGGAUUUUUCGACUUUGGACCCCUAGAACUUCUGAAGUGACAAAAUUUGGGUGAUAUCUGGUAAUGUCCAUAGUAUGUGAUUUACCCUUUCAUUUUUACACUAUUUGGUUUUUGUUAUUUUAUUGUUUCUAUAGCUUUUGGAGGUCAUGAUUAUUUCAUUUCAUAUAACUGAAGUUUUAAAUUGGGAUUAUUUGUUCCACUUUCCAUUAUUUUCUGUUUCUUUUUAGUCUGUUUAAAAAUUAUAUUUUGAUUUUUUUUGGCAUUACGGAUUUGCAUGGAGAUAUUGUUUUGAUGUUUCCUUUUGGGAUAAAGAGCUAUUUUUUUUUUAAAUCAAGGUAUCCACUAGUAUUUUUGUGUUCUUGAUAAUUUUAUCCAGGUUUUAUUGAACCUUUUAGUAUAUAAUGCGUGUUGAAGUCGUGGACUGGGUGAAUUGAUCCAUGUUGAAAUUGAAUGUAGGUUUAAAUGGAAAACGUUCAUUUAGGGUAACUUGUUCUUACUUUUAGCCAAAUAAUUAUUUUUUAAUCGAUUAAGGUCUAUUUUAAGUAUUCCAAAUCAUCUUGGUGAUAGUUUACAAACAAUUAAAUUAUUAAAUAUUUGUUUUCAGUUGACCAUUUUUAAUUAGUUCAAUUUGUAUAUACAUAUUUAAACUUCUAUUUACUUUGUACAUAUUAUUUCACAUCCUCAGAUUUUUUUAUAUCAAACUUUUUAGAGGUAAGGUGCAUUAUAUUACAAUGAUUUUAUUGUUUGUAAAUAUUUCGUAUUGUAUAUAUUUACAGUAACUGUGAAUUUAUUAUAAUUUUAUUUAUUAUAAUUAAACAAAAAGUAAACUUACAA